UGACUGGAGGGCAGAAAAGAUGUGAGAGGAGGAUUGUGUUUGUUUGCUUGUUUGUUUGUUUGUUUGGUUGGUUGGUUGGUUGGUUGGUUGGUUGGUUGGUUUAGAUUGGAUUUCUGAGACAGGAUUUCUCUGUGUAGCCCUGGCUGUCCUGGAAUUUCUUCUGUAGACCAGGCUGUCUUCAGACUCUGAGAUCCGCCUGCCUCUGUCUCCCAAGUGCUGGAAUCAAAGGCGUGCGCCACCAUGCUCUUUGUGUUUUGUCCCAGUAGGCAUGUUGUCCUAGACUACCCGCUAGGCUAGGAGGGUAUCAAAAACCUCGGUCUGUCACAUUCUGUAAGGCCAGGCUGAAAGCCUCAGGUCUCAGGACUUGGGUUCUCACUGAGUUCUGAAACUUCAGGUCUUAAGGGCUCCCCAAUGCUCUGCUCGGAGAUCACAUUCUAAUGCCCACCUCCACUGCUCAAGCUGCCCUGCCUUCUUAGCUCCACUGCCCAUGGGGCCCCUUCCUCCCCAAAGCAUCUCUACACUUUGCUGCUGCAGGAGGUUCCUGGUAAGUCUCUCAGGAGCAGGAAGCAAGCAAGCUGUUACAGGCUGAGCAGGCCAGCCUCAGAGGAAAUGCUCAUAGCCCUGCCCCAGCUCUGCCUGAGGUAAACCAGCCAAAAGGAAACAUUUUUUUUUUAGAGAGUUCUCCAGACACUGUCUUGGGAGAUGAGGUGAGGGGUUCACAACUAUGGUGUGGAAAGUGGAGGAAUCCAAAUCUACAAACAGAGUUUAUUCACCAGCACAGCCCUGUUUGUGUGUGUGGGGGGGGAGCGAUUAAAAAUAAUAAUCACAUCAUGCGCCCUUGAUGAGAUUUUGAAACUCCCAUUUUCCCCUUUGGCAAAACAAAGACAAAAACCAUCUCCCUCACAAUGAAGGAUGUGGAGCCAUGGGCUCGUGAGCCUUCAUCCUUGACCCUAGGACCCCCUGCUUGCCUCCUCUCCUAGAGGUGCACUCAGUAUCUGAACUGAGGCAACCUGGUCAGUGGCCGGCAGAUCCUAUGCUGAGCUCUGCCCUGUUUCCAUUUCUGCCAUAGCUGAUGACCACAAACAAAACAGCAUCCACCGAGCAUCAGAGGUGCAGCCAUGGUGUGAUCCUGACCCUGUUCAGUUCUCACAGGGAACUUGAGCUCCUCUCCCCUCCUCCUAGGGAUAUGAGACAUCCAGUCUCUGUCCUUGUAGGACUGUGGCUGCCUUGGGAGCCAUCUCUUCUCUGUUCUCAGAAGCAGUCACUUUCUUGCUGUGUAGAUCCUUCCGUCUUUAAAGAAGAAAACUAUCGACUCCUGCCUCAGGAAAGCCAAGUCCCUCUGAGGGUGGCUAUAAUUAGUUCAGGUUGACAUCACCUUCACACUGUUCCAGCCAUGGAAGCAGGGUCCCCAAGUCCUGGGGCUUCAGGGAGUGUCUGUAGGAAUAGGGAUCAUGGGGCAACUUGGAAUUUUGCUUGGUUAAAUGUGUCUUCUCUGUACUAGAUAUAGACACCAUUUCUAGUGCCUUUAACACUCCCUGCUAAUCGGGGCGCAUUUGAGAGGAGCAAGGCAGCCCAGCCACCAACCUGCUUGGAGCAUUUUCAUAUUUUAACACUGCAGUGCAGUAGUUAUGGGGGAGUUGGGGUUCCUUUGUAGAUCGUUAGUCUUGUUAAUAAAGGAGUUAGUUUAAACAGACUCAAAAGGAUGCUCUGGGAGCAUUUUAUUAAAGUUUGAAAGAAAACCUAUAGGCCAGACAAGCUGAAGAAAGAGAUAGGUAAGAGGAAGCAAGAUAGCUGUGCCAUUUAAAUCGAAUUCAAGAAAGCAAGCAGGUUCAGCAACAGAGACCGAAAGCAGCUCGGUGGUGGAAGUGAGAGGAGCUGUAGGGUACCCAAAGUGUCAGGGAAUGCACACUCAGGAUAUGGGCUAGUAUCCAAGCAACCAGCCAACCAAGUAAGCAAGAAAGCAAGCAACAAACAAAGGAUGUAUAGAGAAGGGAAAGUUAUUGUUAUUACUAUUUUGCUAGAACUUAGAAAAGUGGGCAGGCUUAGCAGUGUGCAUGACAGAAGCUUGCUUUAAAAAGUGUUUGAUUUUAUUUCAUGUGUAUGGGUAUUUUGCACACAUGUAUGUCUGUAUACCAUGUCCAGGCAAGGCCCACUGAGGUCAGAAGAGUGCAUUGGAUCCCCUGGAACUGGAGUUAAAGAUCUGUGUGAGUUGCCAUCUAUGGCCGGUGAUUCUAGGAAUGCUAUGAAUCAAGACAUGGAGAUAGGAGUCACCUCCCAGGACCACAAGAAGAUCCCCAAACAGGCUCGGGAUUACAUCCCCAUUGCCACAGACCGCACUCGCCUGCUGCCGGAAGGCAAGAAGCCACGCCAGCGCUACAUGGAGAAGACCGGCAAGUGUAACGUGCACCAUGGCAAUGUUCAGGAAACCUACCGCUACCUAAGUGACCUCUUCACCACCCUGGUGGACCUCAAAUGGCGCUUCAACCUUCUGGUCUUCACCAUGGUCUACACCAUUACUUGGCUAUUCUUUGGCUUCAUCUGGUGGCUCAUUGCUUAUGUCCGAGGUGAUCUGGACCACGUGGGUGACCAAGAGUGGAUCCCUUGUGUUGAAAACCUUAGUGGCUUUGUGUCUGCUUUCCUGUUCUCCAUUGAGACAGAAACAACCAUUGGGUAUGGCUUCAGAGUCAUUACAGAGAAGUGUCCAGAGGGGAUCAUUCUCCUUCUAGUGCAGGCCAUCCUGGGCUCUAUUGUUAAUGCCUUCAUGGUGGGUUGCAUGUUUGUAAAGAUCAGCCAGCCAAAGAAGAGAGCAGAGACCCUCAUGUUCUCCAACAAUGCUGUCAUCUCCAUGCGGGAUGAGAAGCUGUGCCUCAUGUUCCGGGUAGGGGACCUCCGAAACUCCCAUAUCGUGGAGGCCUCCAUCCGCGCCAAGCUUAUCAAGUCCCGGCAGACCAAAGAAGGGGAAUUCAUCCCCUUGAACCAGACCGACAUUAACGUGGGCUUUGACACUGGUGACGACCGCCUCUUCCUGGUGUCCCCCCUCAUCAUCUCCCAUGAGAUCAAUGAGAAGAGCCCUUUCUGGGAGAUGUCUCGUGCUCAACUGGAGCAGGAAGAGUUCGAGGUUGUGGUCAUACUAGAAGGGAUGGUAGAAGCCACAGGCAUGACUUGCCAAGCACGGAGCUCUUACAUGGAUACAGAGGUGCUCUGGGGUCACCGAUUCACACCAGUCCUCACCUUGGAAAAGGGCUUCUAUGAGGUGGACUACAACACUUUCCACGACACCUAUGAGACCAACACACCCAGCUGCUGUGCCAAGGAGCUGGCAGAAAUGAAGAGGAAUGGUCAGCUCCUCCAGUCCUUGCCCAGUCCUCCUUUGCUUGGGGGCUGCGCUGAGGCUGAGAAAGAAGCAGAGGCUGAGCACGAUGAGGAGGAGGAACCCAAUGGACUGAGUGUGUCCCGGGCAACAAGGGGCUCAAUGUGAAGCCUGUGUGCUACCCAGAGCCUCUUCCUGUCAGACACCAAGGAGCCUGAGAGGCCAGAGAGGCCAAUUAGUUGAGCAAGCUUUGUGGAGUCCCAGGAGUAUGGGACUUCUACAAAGAGGAACAGUGUGGUGAGGCCUCACAUCUCCUCCUCAGGGCCUCGGAGCAAGUGGCGUUGACUAGGCCUCCCAAGAAGUGUUUUCUCGGCCUCUGUGAAGGAGAGCAUUAGGGGUCACCAGGGUGGGCUUCCCAAGGAGGAGUUCUAAGGUGUCAUCCAUCCUCUCUCUGACUGCUGAAGCCUGCUCACUGGCCUCCCUGAUUCUCUGUUUCCUCAGCACAAUCACUGAGGCCUGUGAAUGGAGGGACUAAUUCCAUCCAUGGAUACUCAGGCCUCCAACUGGGGAUGAGUUCACAGAGGCCUUCCAGGGGCAAUGCCCUGCAGUCUGAGGCCAAAACCCACUGAUCUAAUAGCUUCUUAGCAAGGCCCCUUAACCUCUGAUACUACCUACUGUGUGUUUUCCUCCAUGGAUACUCAGGCCUCCAACUGGGGAUGAGUUCACAGAGGCCUUCCAGGGGCAAUGCCCUGCAGUCUGAGGCCAAAACCCACUGAUUUAAUAGCUUCUUAGCAAGGCCCCUUAACCUCUGAUACUACCUACUGUGUGUUUUCCUCUUCUGUGUCCUCUUCCAUGGACACUACGGCUUACAGGGUAAUUGAUUUAAUUAGAGUGGCCCUAGGACACUGAGUACCUAGGAGCACACACAAUGUCGUCCUCACAACUGCCUGGCACUCCUACUCACACUUCAAAGGACAGACACAGCAGUUGUGGCUUUUGUAGGAGUGUGUGGCAAAAGAACUUCAAAGAACCGACCUCUAAAGCGGUCCCGGGGAACAUGUGAAUUUCAGAGAGCCAGAUUAGCUCAUUGGUACUAACAUAGGGAUGGCAGACAGGAAAGAGACACAAGGAUAAUUUUAAAAUAAGUAUCUGGAGCCUGGUGUUGUGAUGCAUGCCUGUAAUCCUAGCAUUUGGCAGGCUGAGGCAGAAUUGAGAAUUUGAAGCCAGCCGGGGCUAUAUAGCCCUGUCUGAAAAAAGCAAGAGACAAACUACAACCAAGGAAACAUCUGCCACAGUUGUUGCAUGGGGGCUCCUCGGAGAAAAGUAGGCUAUGAAACACAAGUGACAAGAGGCCAUAAAGGCAUCUUCAGUGCCAAGCCAAGUGUGGACCAGAGUCUUGGGCUGCCGCUGAGAUGCCUCUGGGCCUCCCCCCUAUGGAACAGCUCCAACAUGGUGGUGGGACCUAGAGGGAGGUCCCUGAGAACAGGAUGAGAGUUGGUGGGUGACUAGGGAAAGAAGAGUCUAAGUGUGGAGCAGAGCCUUGGGGUCCACAGCCUCAGAGACCUUUCUCUUCCAGUCUAGGAGAUCUGAUGGUCAGUCAGUGAAGCAUUAUGUUGAAAACAAAGUUGGCCUGGUCUUGGGAAUAUGCUAGCAUGAUCCCCAACACCUCUACCCGGGUGUUCAUGGCUCUCAACCAGCCUCUGAGAAUAGAAGCACCUUCCUGCCAGGCCCUAGAGAACUUUCUCUGGCAUCUCCAAGGAGAUGAGACGCUAAGGUAGGCUAGGGAACAGCAUCCUAACCUCAGGCCUUGUUCCCCUUAGACAGGGUGCCCAGGUCUCUAGGCUGGUGAGAAGGUGUCCUAGGAUGGCUAGCUACAUUGUGGACCAGACACAGAUAGAAGAGGGGAACCUUGACUUGUUAUCUGGGCUGAAUCUUGAAAGACAGUCUAAAGCCAGUGGUUCUCAACCUUCCUAAUGCUGUGACCUUUUAAUAUAGUUCCUCAUGUUGUGAUGACCCCAAUCAUAAAAUUAUUUUUGUUCCUAAUUCACAACUUUAUUUUUCUACUCUUUUGCAUCAUAAUGUAAAUAUCCAGUAUGCAGGAUACCUGAUAUGCAACCCCUGUGAAAGGGUUGUCCGACUCCCAAAGUCAUUGCAAACCAUAGACUAACAGGUUAAGAAUCACUGAUCUAGGGGUUGCGGAUUUAGCUCAGUGGUAGAGGGCCUGGGUUCAGUCUCCACCUCCGAAAAAAAGAAAAAAAAAUCACUGAUCUAGGCAGGGAUGUGUGUGUGUGUGUGUGUGUGUGUGUGUGUGUGUGUGUGUAUGUUGUACAUGUCUGUGAAUGUGGUACGUGUGUGUGUGUGUACAGGUAUGCUUGUGUGUGUGUGUGUGUGUGUGUGUACAGGUAUGCUUGUGUGUGUGUGUGUGUGUGUUGUGCAUGUCUGUGAAUGUGGUACAUGUGUGUGUGUUUGUGUGUACAGGUAUGCUUGUGUGUGUGUGUGUGUGUGUGUGUACAGGUAUGCUUGUAUGUGUAUGUAUAGUGUGAGGGUUGGUAAGUGGGUGUAAGGUUGGGUAGGGAUGGUGUGUGUACUUAUGUGUGUGUGGUAUAUGAUGAAUGUGGUACUUGUGUAUAUAUGUAUGGUGUGUAUAUGCUGUGGUGUGUAUAUCUUUGUGUGUGUGUGUGUGUGUGUGUAUGUGAGUGUUUGUGUGUGUGUGUGUGAUGGGAGGGGGAGUCCCAGUCAUAAGGUGGGGGUCAUACAUUUUCUAUAUGGUUAAACAGGUCUAGCAGAGAAUGGGAAACAAGCUUCCAUUCCUAUUCAGGAAAGGAAAUCAGGGACACCCAAUAGGCAAGGAGUCUAAGGAUGGAGCCUGUUGCUGAGACUAGACCUCUAGGGCAACAGGAAAUGCAAUUGCUGUCACAAGAGAUGGACACUCAGCCUGGCUUCCUGGGUCCCAGGUGUAGGCAAGCAGGACCAGUUCUUUUCCUUGGUAAGCCAUGAAUUCUGUCUCGGUCAGAACUAGCUAAUGCCUGCAGGUUAGGACCCUGAGUGAGGUGAGUUGCAAAGAGAAGAAGUAGCAGGGAAUGGUGGUCUUGUGGCCGGGCAACGGUCUGGCUCCUGUUUCAUACUUGCCUUAUUUGUGUUUCUGAAACGUCCCCCAACUGGCCAAGAGAGACCAGUGGUCAGUGCGAGUCAGGGCCACUGGUGUGUCAAUUGUGGAAGCUGUGGACGCUACCAAAGAGGUGGAUACCCUCCUCAAGAUCCCCUCAUACCAGAGCUGAUAGGUACUGGAAUUAGUAAGAUAGCAGACCCAAUCAGAUUUCUGUCAUGGUGACCUAAAUGCGAGGAGUCUGCCCUUCACAUCCCAAGGACAUGUCCAUUCAGUGAACAGUUGCUGUCACUAAAGUUUAAAAAAAAAUCUUCAAAUAAUUUUCUGGAAGUUCUUGACCAAUAAAUUUAAAACAUGGGUUAAUUAUUAGA